UCUGCCCCAGCUCCACUGCCCUCCUCUCACAGUCCUUCUCUCUUUUCCCUCAAGGACCAGUCACCUGGGAUUGGAGAAAUGUGCUCCCUCCCCAUGGCAAGAUACUACAUAAUUAAGGAUGCCGAUCAGAAGGCUCUGUACCUAAGAGGCGACCAACUCUUGGUGGGAGAUCCUGAUGCAGACAACUGCUGUGCAGAGAAGAUCUGCAUACUUCCCAACAGAGACCUGGACCGCACCCAACUUCCCAUCUUCCUGGGGAUCCAGGGAGGCAGGCGCUGCCUGGCCUGUGUGGAGACAGGAGAGGGGCCUACCCUGCAGCUGGAGGAUGUGAGUAUCGAGGACCUGUACAAGGGCGGCGAGCAGGCCAAACGCUUCACCUUCUUCCAGAGAAGCCUGGGUUCUGCCUUCAGGCUUGAGGCUGCAGCCUGGCCCGGCUGGUUUCUCUGUGGCCCGGCUGAGCCCCAGCAACCGGUUCAACUCACCGAGGAGACUGAACCUUCCAUCCGCACUGUGUUCUACUUUGAACAGAGUCGGUAGGGAGGCAGCCGGCAAAGUUCCAGCCUGAUGCCCCCAAGCAGGCUCAUGUGCUCCGGGCCAGUGGUAGGCAGAGCGAUGUCCACAUCUUGACCCCCAGCACCUGGGGAUAUGUCACCUUACAAAGCAAAGGGGACUUUGUGUAAGUUAAAGGUCUGGAAAUGGGAAGACCAUCUUGGCUUAUGAGGUGGAAGGGAGAUGAGCAAUGUCUCAUGGGGUCCUCAUAAGAGGGAGGCAGGAGGGCAGGAGUCAGAGAGAGGUGGGAAGAUGCUGUGCUGCUAACUUCAAAGAUGGGAAGGGGCUGUGGCAUGAGUGCAGGUGGUCCAGAAGCUGGACAAGGCAAGGGAAUGAUUGUUCCCUAAAGCCCCCAGGAGAAAACAACGCUGUGACUACUUGAUUUAAUCUCAUGAUGCCAUUUCAGGCACCUGCCAUCCAGAGCUGUCAAAUAUUAAAUGUGUGUUGUUUUCA